UGACCGCCUCUCCUCGGGCAGUGUGCACAUGCUCAGUAGCAAGAUGGACGCUUUUCUGAUGCAGGGUUCAUUUUGGUAGCGCCGCGGCGGCCGCCGAGCGAUCGCUUCCCCUUCGAGCCGGCUGCAGGACCUCGGCUGGGCGAUGGCGCGCUGCAGGCUGCUCAGCCAUCUCCGGCUGUAAUCCAGCGGGUGGACGGGGCGCCGGUGGCAUCCCGGCCGUCUCUCUCUUUUUCUCUUUCUCUCUCUCUUCCCUGGCUUGUGGUCAACUUUUGUUCCGGACUUAAAAGUCCCCACAAUGAAGUUUUCCCUGGCGAUUCUUGGGUUUGUUUUCUUCUUCUUAUGCAUUGAAGAAGUCUACUCCAAAGAGAAAUCUUCAAAGAAAGGAAAAGGGAAAAAGAAGCAGUAUCUCUGCCCUUCACAGCAGUCAGCUGAAGAUCUUGCAAGGGUGCCUGCAAAUUCUACCAGCAACAUAUUGAAUAGACUUCUGGUUACUUACGAUCCCAGGAUAAGACCAAAUUUCAAAGGAAUUCCAGUUGAUGUAGCAGUCAACAUUUUCAUUAACAGUUUUGGAUCAAUACAAGAGACAACUAUGGAUUACAGAGUGAAUAUCUUUCUAAGACAAAAAUGGAAUGAUCCUCGACUUAAACUGCCCACUGACUGGAAGGGGUCUGACUCUUUAACUGUAGAUCCCACCAUGUUUAAAUGUCUGUGGAAGCCAGAUCUGUUCUUUGCAAAUGAAAAAAAUGCCAACUUCCAUGACGUCACACAAGAAAACAUUCUUCUCUUUAUAUUCCGUAAUGGAGACGUACUGGUCAGCAUGAGAUUAUCCGUUACGCUUUCCUGCCCGUUGGACUUGGCCUUGUUUCCUAUGGAUACACAGCGUUGCAAGAUGCAGUUGGAGAGCUUUGGAUACACUACCGAUGAUUUACGAUUUAUCUGGCAAUCUGGUGAUCCUGUUCAACUAGAGAAAAUUGCUUUGCCACAAUUUGACAUUAGGAAAGAAGAUAUUGAAUAUGGCAACUGCACCAAAUAUUACAAAGGAACUGGUUACUACACCUGUGUAGAAGUGAUCUUCACUUUAAGAAGACAAGUUGGCUUUUACAUGAUGGGUGUUUAUGCUCCCACACUGCUCAUUGUCGUCCUGUCGUGGCUCUCGUUUUGGAUCAAUCCUGAUGCAAGCGCUGCAAGAGUGCCUCUGGGUAUCUUUUCAGUGCUCAGCUUGGCCUCAGAAUGUACCACGCUUGCUGCCGAACUCCCCAAAGUGUCUUAUGUGAAGGCCUUAGACGUGUGGCUGAUUGCCUGCCUUCUCUUUGGGUUUGCUUCGCUGGUUGAGUAUGCCGUGGUUCAGGUUAUGCUGAACAACCCAAAGCGAAUCGAAGUUGAAAAAGCCAAAAUGGCCAAAGCAGAGCAAGCAGAAGGGAAAGGCGGAAAUGCUGCUAAGAAGAAUAAUGUGAAUGGCACAGGCACCCCUGUUCACAUCAGCACUUUACAGGUUGGGGAGACCCGAUGCAAAAAAGUUUGUACUUCGAAAUCUGACCUGAGAUCCAACGAUUUCAGUAUUGUUGGAAGCUUGCCAAGGGAUUUUGAACUGUCAAACUAUGACUGUUACGGAAAGCCCAUUGAAGUGAACAGUGGGCUUGGGAAGUCUCAGGCAAAGAACAACAAGAAGCCCCCUCCCCCCAAGCCUGUCAUCCCGUCAGCCGCCAAGCGGAUCGAUCUGUAUGCAAGGGCGCUGUUUCCAUUUUGCUUCCUUUUCUUCAACGUCAUAUAUUGGUCCGUAUAUUUAUGAUAGACCUUUUUAUUUUUGGAGGAAUAAAGAAGUGUGUGCAAUAUAUGCCAUUCCAUUCCAUCAUGAAGGCCGGUCUGCAACAAUUAUUUUGCAUUUGCAAAGCAAUAUAUUGCAUAUUAGAUGCCCUAUGUGACUGUAAUUGGGGUGGGGGUGGGGAGAGAAAGGGGCAUCCUGGUUUUGAAUGAAAGCAUGACACCGCAAUGUCUGUGCUUGAACCAACUGUUGUAUAUAAAUGUACAGCGUACAUCCUGCUUUAGGAAUAUACGAAGGACAACGCAUACUACAUUAUUGAAGCUGGACAACACUCCCUAUGAACAUAACCAAGAGUCAAAGUGUUUCUGAUAAUGAAACCGAUGUGCACGCUGAUUACCAGUAAGAUCAAUAUUCUAGUAUAUGUAGUAUUUAAAAGUUCUCCUUAUGACUCUCAAAGCCAAGACCCAUCUUGUUCUUGUAUAAAGUUAAAUGGCACUGUGGAAGAACAAGCUGAUGUUGUAAUUCAAAUCAUGUAGGCUUUGUAAGUGGGCCAAGUAUAUCUUAAGCUGAUCUUGUCUAUGUGGAAAAAUAAAGAUCAGAGAAUUA